GGGGAAGUAUGGCCAAAGAAUACCGGGCAGGAGAUAAGCUUAUCAAAGCUUUAUCGGAAGAGGUGACCGGCUUUAAAACAGGCUCCAGAAUGGCGGUAGAAGAAGCUCUGAAGCAAGGCCCUGGGGCCGUGGUACCAUUUGCAGUUCUGCGAGAGCUGCAUGGAAUAUUGCGCCAGAAAGGGUCUCCUGUUUACCUGCAUGAGUUGUUAGAAGGGAGUGAAAUCCAUCUGCCUGCAGUGGAAAUACCAGAACGGAACCCAGAGCUUGUGGCUCGGCUUGAGAAGAUCAAGGCAAAGCUAGCAAAUGAGGAAUACAAGAAAAUGACACAGAACAUCACUGGACAGGCGAAUCGCCAUGGAACUCUGUCUGAAUUAAGCCGCUCAGUCCAACCCGUAAAGAAAAUGGUCAUUACAGUCUUCAACUUCUUUGUCACGGUUGCAGCUGCAUUUGCCUGUACCUACAUUGGGACCCAGUACAUUUUUACAGAGUCCACAUCGCGGGUGCUGUCUUCUGUCAUUGUGGCAUCCUUAGUGGGUUUGGCAGAGUUGUAUGUUCUGGUUCGGACAAUGGAAGGAGAACUUGGAGAGUUGUAGUUCUUCUGUAAAAAAGAGAAACUGUUCUGUUUAUUUAUGGGUUAUUGAUUGCUAUACCAUGAAUGUGGGCUUGUGAAAGGCAAAAUAUUUGUUACUCAAGUAUGUUUUUGACCUGAAAUAAUCCUAGCUAUCUUCUGUACAUUUUGCACUGAUAAUUGUAAAAUUUUCUAAAUAAAAAUAAAAGAAAAUGC